AUAUAUGCUUGUGAACUGCAAAUUCCGCAGUACCGGCACCAGAGCAUGUGGUCAUUGUAAUUUUUAAAGUGAAUAUCUGGCAAGCGCAGCUGGCAGUUUUUUAAGCAUAAAUUUAACAGCAUUUUUUAAUAGUGUCGUUUGUUACAGUGACCUAAUUCCCCGCAGUGGUUUCAUCAGCCGUUCUUUUCGCCUCUCUCUCGCUGGCCGAGGCGUGUUGUGUCAGCAGAUACUGUCCUCUCAGCAAACCGCUCUGGCUUGUUGACACAGAGCUUGGUAUUUUUUCAGUGCCUGAUAAAACAGGCUGCUUUCUAUUCUGCCAACUUGCAUCCAUCCACACGCUUUACAGGAUUGAAUGAUGAUGAGCCUUGAGCAUCUCCACAGUGACAUCCUGUCAGAUUUUCUCAUAUCAUCCGACUUCCUCACUGCUCAGGAAGAGCGAUGAUAAGGAUCCACACUGAAGCAUAAGCAGGGAUGUUUUCCCUAGUGAUGUGGUUGGGCAUCUGGAUUUCCCCUAUAAUAGCAUUUAUAUAAAUACAUGUGUCUGUCCUAGAUUUUUGUCUGCGUGGCACCUUUGCGCAUCGAUACAACAAGGUUGUUGUGAUCAUGGUGACGGUGGCUUGUCACAUCUCUCAUGGGAAUUUUUUUUGUACGAGAUAGAUACUCUAAAAUGAUCUAGUUACUGGAUAUGAAAGGAUCCUUUGUAAAAACCAGUAUUAAUAGAGAGCGAUGUUGAAGGCUUGUCAUCUGACACUUAAAUAAACAAAAUGAUUGUUUUCAACAUGUUUGAUUAAAGUUUGAUCAGGUGGCACUGUUUGGUCAACCUACCCCAAUGUAUUGAUAGAUUCAUUUACAAUACCAAAACAAGACUUUUCAAUGUAACUGCUAUAGCAACAUGUCCCCAUUCUCCUAUUUUCUUUCUUGAGUGCCCUGAAAUGUGACACGUCACAAUCUUGGAGACAAUCGGAGAUCCCCGAAUGUUAUUCUUGAAAAGAUGUCUAAAAUUGCCUGUACCUUUUAUUCAUCGUAACAGGAGAAACCCCUGACAUGGUUAACCGACUUAUCAGCAUCUCCCGCCUAAGGCUGAUACAGCACGAAUACAUUGUUCCACUUCAAAGCCCCAGCGAGUGGAGGCUGAAAGAAAGAGAGGGGGGACGGAGUAGAACAGGUGCAGCCUUCGGGAGGGGGAGAAUCCCUUUUGCCAUCUGUUGACUUCAGGGGCAUCUAGUGUUCCCCUAAACACACUCCGUAACAAUUCACACACGCUUGCGUGGUCAUAGUGAUCCAGGUCGCCAUGGUGCUGUGUGGGGGGAUAAGAGACCACCACAUGUGUGUGGUCAACUGAGGGGUGUGCUGCUAUUGUGUUUUGAGGCAUUCAGACUUUUGGGGGGAGUGUGCAUGUGUGUGCAUAUUGAAAUAGGGGUGGACAGGACGAAAGAGACCAGUUGCUUUGUCUGUAAACCUCAGAUGUGGAGACUGUGAGGUGCCUGUGCAGGCUUCUCCUCGGUCACAUCUGAAGAGUGGAACAGGAUAUUUACGGAAAAUAAAACGACAGAGUAAUGAAAACAAACAUGGAUUGUAAGGAGGAGAUCAGUGACUCUGAUAGAGGAAUCAUGUUAAACUCUGGCCCAGACAGCCCCACAUCACCCGUGAAAGACACGAACAAACAUACACGUGCCAUGAGACUGAAGCAGCAGGCCCUGGAGGAACGGCUGGAGCUCUGUGUCCUGGAGCUAAAGAAACUCUGCAUCAGAGAGGCUGAGCUGACUGGAAAACUGCCCUCGGAUUACCCCCUUCUGCCCGAUGAGAAGCCUCCGCAGAUCCGGAGACGAAUCGGAGCCUGUUUUAAACUGGAUGAGGGUUUUAUUACACAAGACGGAGAGGAGUCUGAGCUGCACGCGUUGGAGUCUGAUGUCGCCCUGCAGCGGCAGAUUUAUGAGGCGGCCCGUAAGCUUUCCCUGGAGGAGCACAUAAGCAAACCAGUGAGGAAAAGCCGACUGCAGCAGUGCAAACGUGAAGAGAAGAAACUGAAAGAGCUACAGGAUGCCGUGCUGAAACACCGCAUUAACCACGGCUGCGUUUCUCCACAGACCUGCUAUUAGUCCAGGCAGAGAGAUCUGGGUACUUCUGAUGACAGCUCACUGUCUGAUGGUGUUGUCUUGGAUGAUGAUUCAGACACCAUUCCAUUUUCUCCAGUCGCUCUGGGUUCUUCCACAGACAGCGGUUACCAGCGUUUGAUUCUCUCACCCAAAAAAGGCCCAAAGACAUCCAGCUCCAGCUCCAGUCUGGACUAUGAUGCCACACCCAUCCAGAACUCUCCAUGGAAGGAGUCCAGUCUAGACCAGCCUUACCAGAAACUAAAACCCUCUCUCUCUGCUAGCAGCAGUCGCUCAAGCAGUCCAACAUUUUCAACAGACACGAGAAUGGCAGACCUUCCUCCAGCACCUCAGUUUGUGUUUAAAAGUCUGCCAGUGCGGAACAAUCAGCCCAACAGCGCCCCCUCCACCCCAGAGCUGCCACUGCGCCGACACAUCUCGCAGUCCUUCAGACUCCCCAGAAGCAAACCAGAACUGACUAAAACCAGCUCAGAUCUAGCGCGUGGCCGCACCAAGUUACCCCGUCGACGAGUGACGGAUUUUUCCCUGGCCUACUCGGUUCAACGUUUGUAUCAGUGCAGCUCAGAGGACAGCAGCUCUGAACUCUCCAUCUCCUCAUACAGCAGCUCAUCCAGCAGAGAAACAACCACAGAUGCACCCAAACCAUGUCCACCUCCGUAUGGUUACCAUCGCAUUGCUGCGAAUAAAGCAUCCAGCCAGCUCACUACCCGCAUCCCACUUAAAAACAACAACCUACCUCAACCUGUGUCCAUCUCCAAUCGAGUGAAGAACAAUAAUGUGGCAGCACUUGAAGUGGACAUUGAAAGGCUCAAGGUUGGACAAAACCCACAAUUUGGUACUGCGCCUAUGAAUAAACCCCAGCAGGUGGAGGUUACAUCACCCAAACGAAUGCUCAAACCUCCCCCGCCAUACAACAAGGUGGUCCGCACGACGUCGCUAAGAGAAUACCCUAACCAUCCCGCCCGGGUGCUUCCUCGGGAUGUAGUGUCGGGGGAGCUUAGAUCUUGGCACCAGAAGAACAAUUUAGUUCUGACCAGGCCUUGUUCACUCGAACGGCAGGGAUCGAUUCGAAUGAAGCGUCCAGAACCACCACCCUACCACCAGAUUGCCUCCAAAAAACAGGUUUCUCAGAAAGUGAUCCUGCAAAGAGCUUCAGAUGGAACCCCACUGCAGUGGUAUGAGGAAGAAGACUCUGAGAUUGUAAGUCAGGUGUAAGAUGUAAAAAAAAACAGAGGACAAAUUGUCUCAAUGUACUCCUUUACUUUAUUUAUUGAGCCAAUGGACUCGCUGAUACACAUUCAUAGUGAAAAUUAUGUUAAUUCUCACAAAGACGUUUUGACCAAGUAUUAGAGGUGAGCCAAUAAAAUAUGGCAGGUCACAAUUCCUUAAACCUACAUUUGUAACUAACACUUGAUUAAAGUCUACGACUUCCUUGUAAGGCAUCAUGGCAGAUAUUUAUGAUGAAUGUAAUAUAACUUUUAUUUUAUUGAAUAGUAUUAAAAGUGUGGCCCACUUUUUCUAGCGACAAUGACUAAUGAUUUCUUUGAAACCCAUGAACAUUACAUCGUUUUCUAUAUGUUUGUGUCUGGUACACGAUUCUGUAUAAUUAAAGUAUUUUGUAAUGUCUUAGUUUCCCUAUAAUUUACACAUGAAUUAUUAUUUAUGUAACCAUAUUUAUUUUUCCAUCCCCUUUUCCUAACACGUUUUUUAUUUUAGUCAAAUCUUUUUUAAAACAUGUUGCUACGCUACUGUAAUAUGCAUUGUAUGAAUUAGUUACGAUGUCUGUGAGUCUUAAUACCAAAUUCAGAAAAUUUUCUUCAUGUUUGUAUACUAACUACAUACAAAUUAUAUUUUAUAUUAUUUAUAAUACACUUUAAUAAACAAUACCACAAAUUCACAACAGUAACCA